GCGUGCACAAUAUGUCGACGGAAAAAAGUCAAGUGCGAUGGUAAACGCCCCAUUUGUUCUACGUGCCAUACUUUUGGUCUCUCUUGUGCAUAUAAAGACGUUAUUGAGGGGACUCAGAGAUCAAACCGAACGUAUGUUGAAGAGCUAGAAGAUAAGCUCAAGCGCAUGGAAGACGAUUUGAAGCGGAGAGAUCAAUUUGGAGAAUCCUCUCAGGAGAUCGUCCAAGACCCAAUCCCAUCUGAAUACAGUCCCGGUAUCAGUAAACGACCCCCUGAGUCCCAUCGACCGGGAGAUAUGGCAAAUGAUCGGCUCUCGCAAGAGCGUGUUCAAUUGCGAGAUCAAGAAGCCUCUCUGGCUGGCAAUGACGAUGUUGAUCAGCCCUCAUACGUCAUUCAGUCACAAGAUGGUAAAAUGCGAUACUACGGAGCUUCUUCCGGUUUCAGUGCGCCAUAUUCUGAGCCCGCUGGUGAGAAUGCUACCAGGAAAUCCCGAGCAGAUGGAGAGACUGUAGUUCAACGCAGUGCGAAUCGAUGGCCUUUGACAAACUGGAUUCCCAGGAUGCUUCAAGACCCGUUUGAGCAGCGGAUAACGCAAACUUUGCCAUCCAAGGAAGCUACGUUGGCUCUGGUAGACGAGUUUCUUGCCACAUUUAACCAAGCUAUACCACUUGUUGAUGACAGGUCUUUCAUUAGAUUGGUAGAAAGACAAUUCUCCUGGAACCCAGAUGAAAACCCUUCCUCGUGGGCAUUGCUCAACGUGGUUCUCGGCUUCUCGUAUAGGGAAAGGGCACAAACAGCGUCCGAUGAGAGUCAUGCCUGGAAGAUGUCCUUGACACAUAUUAAAAAUGCUCUAAAUGUCGUUGUUGAGUUAUUUUUGCGAAAUGCAGAUUUAUCUGCUGUCCAGGCACUACUGGGCUUGGCACUGUACUUCCAAGGUACGCCAAAUGCCCAAGCUUUAUUUAUGUUUUCUGCAGCGGCAAUACGUCUAUCGCACUCUAUCGGAUUGCACAGGAACACGACAAUCGGCAUGGAUCCGUCUGAAAUUGAACAAAGAAGGCGGAUAUUCUGGAUCGCAUUUAUUUUGGAUGCAGACAUCUCCUUGAGAGUUGGUCGUCCACCAGCCCAGGAGAUGGAUGAUUAUAACACCCCAUUGCCAGCCAAUAUACCUCCCGACAGACGAGGCAUUAUCUGCCUUGCUGGUAUUGAAAUAAACUUCCUUUGUCUUGCUGCUCAACUGGCGCUUGUUCAGAGGCGAAUUUAUCGACAUUUUCAAACCGUUGCUACAACUGAACAGCCCCGAGAGAUGACGAUAAAGUCAGCAAUGGACUGUGAAGAAGCUCUUUUCGCUUGGCGAGACUCUAUUCCUGAAGAGCUUCGACCACGACCAUCUUUCAGUUCUGAGCCAAACUAUUUCCUGCAGCAUCUCAUCCGGAUGCAUCUCGCUUAUCACUCUUGCCAUGCUAACCUCCGGCAAUUGCCAAAAAUAUCAUCUUCAACCAAAAUGACAUCGCCGGAUAGAAAUCAAAAGACAGAUGCCGACACUGCAAAAAUUUAUCAGCGAUCUUUGGAGUCAGCCCGAUCAGCGGUGGCUUUGCUGCCAUAUACUCGUUCCUUUGGAUCUAAUUUCAAAUGGAAUGUUCUUUACUUUUUUGCCACGGCGUCUGUGGCCUUGGCAUCGGAAAUCACGUCUCAUCCCUCCCAUCAACUGGUCAGCGAUGAUCUCCGAAUGGUCCGUGACACCGUCAUCUUCCUCACAAAAAUUUCAUCCGAGGAGCCAAGCACGUAUGUUGAUUUUAUUCUGGGUGUUUGCUGCGACGUAGAACACUCUGCUAGGCGAGCCAUUCGCCAUUGUAAUCGGGAGAUGUCCCAGCGACCCGUAUCAAGGACUAAUGGGCAUUCUCAUGGCAUGAAUCCCGAUUCUGCUUCUGGCGAAGAACAUGCGCAAGCUGCCGGGGAUAAUCUGCUUCAGCAAGUUAUCGAAACCCAAGGCGAGCCAAUGAUCGAUUUGGUGAAUCCACAAUGGUCCAUUCCUCCGUUUUGGAGCUGGCAGGACACAUACUCUGGCAUACUGCCAUCACCAGGGUUCAACGAAGGCAGACCAGAAGAUUUUAUCUAG